UAUGAUCAACAUUCGUAUGAAUUUACACGAAGUAUUAAGUUGUUUAUAAACGUGUGGCAAGUAGUGGUCAAAGUUAAAAUUAAUAAUACUUUCAAGAGGGCCAGAGGUUUACCCAGCAAAUAACAGCAUUGAAAAAAAGUAGAAAUACUUGUAUUUGCCAACAUAUCUAACAAGUGUUGUUGAUUCGUAUUUAAUAUUUCCCAUUCCUACGAACGAUCUCUUGCUUUUUUCUCAUUUGUGUGCUAUUUGUUGGUACUCGUUCCCGCGUCAUCAAUUCGUGAUUUUCAGUUGUGCCUUUAAUUUCUCGGUGUUCGGACGCGGUGGCUAAUUCAAUAAAACAGUGUAUCAAUAUGCUUGGUCGAGUGUUGGUCUAUGGCGGUAAAGGCGCUUUAGGGGCUGCCUGCGUUUCACACUUUAAAUCAAAUAACUAUUGGGUAGGAAGUAUUGAUCUCAGUACAAAUGAAGAAGCGGACGCUAGUAUCGUAUUAUCUCGAGAUCUGGGCUGGGAGGAGCAGGAAGCUGAAGUGCUAAAAAAAGUCAGUGAAGCAUUAAGUGGAGAAAAAUUGGAUGCUGUAAUUUGUGUAGCCGGUGGCUGGGCUGGCGGUAAUGCUACUAAGGAUUUGGCUAAAAACGCAGACUUAAUGUGGCGACAAAGUGUGUGGACAUCUGCUAUAUCGGCAAGUGUUGCAUCCAAGUACCUGAAGGAGGGAGGUUUAUUAACACUGACAGGCGCUCAACCCGCUUUGGAAGGCACACCUGGCAUGAUUGGCUAUGGUAUGGCCAAGGCAGCUGUACAUCAGCUAACCCGUUCACUAGCUGGCAAAAACUCUGGGCUUCCUGCUAAUUCCAUUGUUGUUACCAUACUGCCUGUCACUUUGGAUACAUCAAUGAAUCGCAAAUGGAUGCCAAAAGCAGAUUUCAGCACAUGGACUCCUCUAACUGAAGUUGCUGGCCUAUUCUACAAAUGGACUAAAGGCCAGGAACGUCCUAACUCUGGAGCUUUGCUGCAGUUGAUAACCAAGGAGGGUGUUACUCAAUUGGUGGAAGCUAACUAAAACUGAAAGUUUUUUGCGUUUAUCCAUCAACAUCCGACUCAAGAACGUUAGGGUUAUAUAUACAUAUGCAUAUUUAUUACAAACAAUGUUCUCAAUUAGAAGAUAAUUACAAAUACCAACAUUCUGAAUAUUCCA